GCAGCGCGUGCGCAGAGGGGCAGUGUGGCUUAGGAGGGAGGCAAUGGAAGCUAACAGGAGUGGCGCGUUCGCGGCUAUGUGACUGGUGGGACCUGCGGCGGCUCCCAUAUGAUGGUCACCCUCCUGGGCGCGACGACCCUAGUGCUUGUCAUCUUGGCGCCAUGGGUGUUGUCCGCAGCCGCAGGUGAGAGGCGGGGAGGAGAGUCUCGGCGCAGGGCCGGAGAUGGAAAAAAUCUAAAAUCUCCUCAAAAAGUAGAGGUUGACAUCAUAGAUGACACGUUUAUCCUGACGUGGAACAGGAGUGAUGAAUCUGUCGGGAAUGUGACUUUUUCAUUCGAUUAUCAAAGACCUGGGAUGGAUAAUUGGAUAAAAUUGCCUGGAUGUCAGAAUAUUACUAGUACCAAAUGCAACUUUUCUUCGCUCAAGCUGAACAUUUAUGAAGAAAUUAAAUUGCGUAUAAGAGCAGAAAAAGAAAACACUUCUUCAUGGUAUGAGGUUGAUUCAUUUACACCAUUUCGCAAAGCUCAGAUUGGUCCUCCGGAAGUACAUUUAGAAGCUGAAGAUAAGGCAAUAGUGAUACACAUCUCUCCUCCUGGAACAAAAGAUAGUGUCAUGUGGGCUUUGGAUGGUUUAAGCUUUACAUAUAGCUUAGUUAUCUGGAAAAACUCUUCAAGUGUAGAAGAAAGGAUUGAAAAUAUUUAUUCCAGACAUAAAAUUUAUAAACUCUCACCAGAGACUACUUAUUGUUUAAAAGUUAAAGCAGCACUACUUACGUCACGGAAAAUUGGUGUCUAUAGUCCAGUACAUUGUAUAAAGACCACAGUUGAAAAUGAACUACCUCCACCAGAAAAUAUAGAAGUCAUUGUUCAAAAUCAGAACUAUGUUCUUAAAUGGGAUUAUACAUAUGCAAACGUGACCUUUCAAGUUCAGUGGCUCCAUGCCUUUUUAAAAAGGAAUCCUGGAAACCAUUUGUAUAAAUGGAAACAAAUACCUGACUGCGAAAAUGUCAAAACUACCCAGUGUGUCUUUCCUCAAAACAUUUUCCAAAAAGGAAUUUACCUUCUCCGCGUACAAGCAUCUGAUGGAAAUAACACGUCUUUUUGGUCUGAAGAGAUAAAGUUUGAUACUGAAAUACAAGCUUCCCUGCUUCCUCCAGUCUUUAACGUUAGAUCCCUUAGUGAUUCAUUACGUAUCUCUAUCGGUGCUCCAAAACGGUCUGAAAACAAGCCUGUGAUCCAGGAUUAUCCACUGAUUUAUGAAAUUCUUUUUUGGGAAAACACUUCAAAGGCUGAGAGAAAAAUUAUCGAGAAAAAAACUGAUGCUACUAUUCCUAAUUUGAAACCACUGACUGUAUAUUGUGUGAAAGCCAGAGCACACAGCAUGGAUGAAAAGCUGAAUAAAAGCAGUGUUUUUAGUGAUGUUGUGUGUGAGGAAACAAAAUCAGGAAAUACAUCUAAAAUUUGGCUUAUAAUUGGAAUUUUUACUGUAUUACUUGCUCUCCCGUUUGUCAUUUAUGCUGUGAAAGUCCUCUUGAGAUGCAUCAAUUAUGUCUUCUUUCCAUCACUUAAACCUUCUUCCAAUAUAGAUGAGUAUUUCUCUGAACAGCCAUUGAAGAAUCUUCUGCUUUUAACUUCUGAGGAGCAAAUCGAAAAAUGUUUUAUAAUUGAAAAUAUAAGCACAAUUGCUAUAGUAGAAGAAAUUAAUCAGACUGAUGAAGAUCAUAAAAAAUACAGUUCCCAAACCAGCCAAGAUUCAGGAAAUUAUUCUAAUGAAGAUGAAAGUGAAAAUAAAACAAGUGAAGAACUACAGCAGGACUUUAUAUGACCAGAAAUGAACUCUGUCAAGUAUAAGGUUUUUCUGCAGGAGUUACACUGGGAUCCUGAGCUCCUUGUCUUCCUCUCAGUAACUACAAAGAGAACAUUUCCCUGUUUCGGGGAAGAAAAAACAUCUUUAGAUCAUAGGUCCUAAAAACACAGGCAAGCACUUUACUAUUUAAAAAUGAAAUUACAGGCCCAGGCACGGUGGCUCAUGCCUGUAAUCCCAGCACUUUGGGAGGCCAAGGCAGGCAGAUCAUGAAGUCAAGAGAUCGAGACCAUCCUGGCCAACAUGGUGAAACCCCAUCUCUACUAAAAGUAUAAAAAUUAGCUGGGCAUGGUGGCAUGUGCCUGUAGUCUCAGCUACUCAGGAGACUGAGGCAGGAGAAUCACUUGAACCCGGGAGGUGGAGGUUGCAGUGAGCCGAGAUGGCACCACUGCACUCCAGCCUGGCAACAGAGCGAGACUCUCUUUUAAAAAAAAAAAGAAAAAGAAAAAAGAAAGAAAUUAUAAGAGUUGAGACAAACGUUUCCUACAUUGUUUUCCACGUGUAAAAUCUUGAAAAAGCUUGUCAUUGGACCUACAUUGGAUGAGAUGAGUGAGAUCAAAGCGAUGGCCACCCUUCUCCCUCUUGCCAGCUCCCUCUUGCCAGCUCGCUGUGCACCGUGGCUAGGGAUGAUGUCUGUUGCUGUCCGCCACUGAUGCUGCUGGUUACUGCAUGCGCCACACCUGUCUGUUCGCCAUUCCUAGUUACUGCAUGUGCGACACCUGCCUGUUCGCCAUUCCUAACAUUCUAUUCUGAUGCUGCUGGUUACUGCAUGCGCCACACCUGUCUGUUCGCCAUUCCUAACAUUCUAUUUCAUUCUUCCUCUGGAGAUAUUUCAAACAUUUGGUCUUUUAACACUGAGGUUAGGCCCUCAGGAAAUUUAUUUAGGAAAGUCCGAACACAUUAUCACCUGGUUUUCUGGAAAGUAGCUUAGCCUAGAAAAUAGCUGCAGAUGCCAGAAAGAUGAUCCCUAAAAUUGUUCAGGGACUUCUGUUCGUUUAUGCCGAGAACAUUGGCUUCCGCAUCACAGUAUCUACCCUUACAUGGUUUAGGAUUAAAGCCAGGCAAUUUUUUACUACACAGUAAGACUUCUGAUUCAAAACUUACUAGAACAAUAGCUUCUGGCUGGAAUUUGCAAUCCCUGAAGGUCAUAGAAAAUAGGUAACUAUCUAAUUAGAGAAAUAAUUGUUGUAUUUUAAGAUCUGAGAGUGCGUACAAGUUUUAACCUACAUGCCAUGCCAGAAGAUAGUGUAUGCAAGAAGUCUUGGGACCAGAAAAUGGCCAUGAUGGGAGACUGACACAGAAGAAGAAUGCUUCCCUAGGAAAGAGGUCGCUGGCCUUGGUGCCAGAGGAAGAAGAAUGUUCCACUGGGAGCCUGAGCGCCUAAUCAGCUCUCAGUGAUUAACCCACUCUGUUGUUAUAGGUGGUCUCUGUCACUUUGAGCACCAGGCUGGCUUCUCUGCCCUGUCUAGCAGUAUUCAGAUACCCCUUCUGCUCAGCCUGCUUGGCCUUAAAAUACGAAUCAUUGAACUGAGUGGGAAAAAAAUGUAACUAGGAAGAAAAUUUAAUUUAAGAAAUUACAUAAUGCUUUCCAAAGGCACCUACAACUUAUUUUUAAAUUACUUGCUACUGGGGAUUACCCAUGGAUAUCCUUUAUUGGCAGGAAGUCUGGGAAUUCUGGUGGCCUCUGGGGCAGAGUUCUCAGAGCAGCGUUCCGGCAAGGAGCAGUGAAAGAGAAAAGAGACAAAGUUAGAGCGUGCUGGGAGGUGGCCAUUGCUAAGGCCAGUCUGAUUUAAGUAGUCAUUUCUGCUGAAAAACCAGAUCAUCCUGGUGGAAGAAGAGGUUGAAGGCAGCUGCCCUCAGGAGGGCUGUGGUGCUCAGCACAUCCUGGGCACAUAACGUGUCUGCAGGCCACACCGUGCGUGUCCCCGGACCUGCCACCUGGCUUCUGGAGUGGUUCAAGCAGAGCAUAGUGAGCCAUUGAGGAGACCCAGGAAUCUCCUCUGAGACCCAGCUCUCUGCCGGAGAACCCCACACUGACACAUUUUCAUCUUUCAGACCAGAGGCUGGUUUUUUGAGACUGUCUCACUCUGUUGCCCAGGCUGGAGUGCAGUGGCUUGAUCUCGGCUCACUGCAACCUCCACCUCCCAGGUUCAAGUGAUUCUCUGCCUCAGCCUCCCGAGUAGCUGGGAUUACAGGUAUCCGCCAACACACCCCAUUAGUUUUUGUAUUUUAGUAGAGACGGGGUUUCACCAUGUUGGCCAGGCUGGUCUUGGACUCCUGACCUCGUGCUCCACCCACCUCGGCCUCCCAAAGUGCUGGGAUUACGGGAGUGAGCCACCAUGCAUGGCUGGCCUGACCUUUGGAAAAGUCCUGUCACUUUGGAAGUUUGCGUCUUUGAAGAGGCGAUUGGGAACGUAUCCUGACUGCCUGCCACCAUUGCUUAUCAGACUACUGCAAUUCAGUGAUCCUGCCCGGGACUUCUGGCGCUGGGUUCACCACUGGGAAAACGUGCUUCAGACUGGAUAGCCUAAAAGGAGUAAUAAUGCCCUUGUAGGACGUGGAGAAGGGAAAAUACGGACAUUAACAUUAAAAGACACCAGUGAAAUCGUUAGAUCUCUAGGAAGUUGGAGCACAAGACUCCGCGUUUUGAGACCAUCUGUGAACAAGCACUGAGCACUAGCAGCAAAAAACAAUAACAACAAAAAACCUCGUUUUUACCUCGUCUUCUAGACAUUAAAAGGCAGUUGCAUUCCACUCUUCAUUAUGUUCUACAUGUUGCUUCAUCAGCAUAUGCUUAGCUGUGACAAGUAUAUUUUCUGAACAGAAAUUUACUUAGAAAUACCAUGUACUUGGGGGUACCAAUUAACUGCCUUAAAAUUAGCAUAUUGAUAGUUCUUGGAGAGACCAAGUAUAAUCUAAGAAUUUAUAUGAAAGAUUUGUAUCAUUAGAGCCAGAAAUAAUUUUGUAUUAAUAUAUAAUACAGAUGAACAUAUAUGUACAUGUAUAACUUUUGACAUGAGCCUGUCAACAUACUCAUAUGUACCUGCACAUGUACCCACGUGGUGUGGGUGUUAUUCCUUUAGUAUGGAAGACUUAAAGUACUUAUUCGUAUAGCUUGUAACUAAAAAUUAGAACAGCUCCCUAGAAUUACGAACUUUAAGAGUCUGACUAGAAAUAUGCAACUUACAAAAAAGUUACUUUUAAAAAUAUAAGUUAGGGCUAGGCACUGUGGCUCAUGCCUAUAAUCUCAGCCCUUUUGGGAGGCAAAGACAGGAGGAUCACCUCAGUCCAGGAGUUCAAGACCAACCAACCUGGGUAACAUGGCCAGACCCCAUCUCUGAAAUAUAUAUAUAUAUAUUAAAGUUAUAUAUAUAGAGAGAUAUAUAUGAUAUAUUGUAUAUAUCAUAUAUGUGUGUGUGUGUGUGUGUAUAUAUAUAUAUAUAACUUAGAGUUUGUAUCUUCCCCCAAAAGAGGCUGUAAUAUUUACAGCAGCCUCAAAUUGCUCUUAAGGGGUUUGGGUGUGCAGAAGCUUUCCUUUCCCUACCCAGGGCCCUGUGACUACCUAACAUGUGUACUGAUUUGUUCUGUUUGCUGCCUGUAUCCCCUGCCCCACGGCUACAACAGAGGCUCCAAGAGCGCAGGGACUUUAUUAUUCAUGACUGCAUCCCCAGUAAUGAAGGUACUUAGAAAAUAAUGAUUGAAUGAAUGAAAUCUAAACUGAAUCUGAGGGUAUUUGUGGCAGUGUUUGUUUUAUUGAAUUGUAGACGGACAUAACCGUGUUUUCAGUGUUUCUGUGCAACAAACUUGUACGUUUUAUUUCACUUGUGUUUUGUCUUAAACCCUACUGCUGGAAACAAUUUUAUAUAAUAAGCAAUGGGCCCAAAAGUCUGGGGGUUUUUUUGUACUUAGUGCGUUUGUAUGCAACAGAGAUGCUGCAGCUGAUGCCUUUAAACAGUAUUCAUCAUGGAAGGGCUGAGGCUUGUGCUUGGUGUUCCACAGCCCAGGGUUGAGCAUCCGGAAGGAGCCAGUGCAGCCGUCACUGUCCCCAGAGCCUGUGGAGAUAGAGCCCGUUUGCUGCUUUUUCUUCCCACUCUCGUGACAUGGCUGGAGCACAGUCUUCAUUGAAUGAAAGUCUGCUGUGGUAUUGCAUAGCCUUGCUUUCUUGAACUAAUCUGUUUGCCCUUCACAAGUAUGUCUUCUGUCAGGAUUAGUUCGUUCCAAGGAGGCUCGUCAGUCUCACGGGUAAGUAGAUCUCUCCUGCCGUCUGGACACAUUUCACUCGGAAGUUGAAUACAAUUUGUAUUCAGGCUGGGAACCUGAACACACAUUUGUGUUUUUAGGCUUCCCUUUUUUACAGUGGACAAGGACACAAAUAAUAAAUAAAUCAUCCCUAAUGCCCAA